CUCAUUCAGCGUGUCUGUAUCAGACGAGAAGGGGGUCACCCAGGAAUCCCUUCCCUCGCUCCACAGGAAAAAAUGAGAUCUAGUUUGUAGCCUACCUAUAGGACACUAUCAGCUCGUGAGCGCUUCCGUUCAGAUCGUAUUAUCGAUUCGUUUUUUUAAGAAGAUGCCGAAACGGGGAAAAAAGUGAGGCAGAUUAUGUUUUGAAUAAACAGUUAGAAGAAGAGGCGCAGUACAAUUCAGUGAAACCAAUAGCGAAAAGGUCGAUUUAGUAGCCAACAAAUAUUUGUAAAAUGAGUUUAUCAUCUUACUUUUUUUUUAUAAUGCAGGAUAUAUACGUGGAUAGAAGAAUGACAAAGUAGCCUUUUAAUAUCUUUGAUUGCAUCAGUUAGAAUAAUAGCUAAUCAAUAUCUGAAUAGUCAUCAGGCUAUGAAGUAUAAUUUUCAAGUGUCAUUUUCUAUGAAAUGGCAUGCCCUAUUUGCUUUAUUCCUUGCUAACAGUAAUCUGCCACAGGCUAUGCAUUUAAACCAUAGGCGAUUUACAAGCUACAUUCUCGCUUAAACACGCAGCCGUGCGCAACGUGAUUGUGUUCAUGUUAGUACCUAUCUAGAAUACAAAAAAGACGAGCGUUGAACUUAGAAAAAGGGGGGAGGAGAGUUACAGUUUCAUUUGUUUAUCAAGAACAGUAGCAAAUGGUCUGUCUUGAAUCGCCAGAGAGCUAAGAUAUAUGAAGAUCGCGACCCAGUUGGUUUUCCCUCGCAGAAAUGCCAGUGCGUGCUGUGACCACCAGGUUCAUGUACAAGGGACUUUGCACUAUUCCAGAUGUCCUGUCCUACCGGACCCCUGUUAUCUUGCCCGAGGAUGAGGUUGAAGAGAUACGUGAGGCUUUCAAAGUAUUUGACCGAGAUGGGAACGGUUUCAUCUCAAAGCAGGAGUUGGGGAUGGCCAUGCGCUCACUGGGCUACAUGCCCAAUGAGGUGGAGCUGGAGGUUAUCAUCCAAAGACUUGAUAUAGAUGGUGACGGUCAAGUUGGCUUUGAUGAAUUUGUCACAUUGCUUGGUCCUAAACUCUCUGCUGCUGGAAUGCCUGAUAAGUUCCACGGAGCAGACUUUGAUUCAGUGUUUUGGAAGUGUGACAUGCAGAAACUUACUGUGGAUGAGCUUAAGAGACUGCUUUACGAUACUUUCCGUGACCACCUCACCAUGAAAGACAUUGAGAACAUCAUCAUGACUGAGGAGAGCCACCUGAACAGUCCCGAGUCCCAUGUUGACAUUGACACAAGUCCAACACAACAGGAAAAGCACACGUGUGUGCGUAAAAGCCUGAUUUGUGCCUUCGCCAUUGCAUUUAUCAUCAGCGUUAUGCUCAUUGCAGCAAAUCAAAUGCUCCGCAGAGGAAUGAAGUAAAUACUACACCAGCUGGUAACAAAGAAAUUUAAGGACAGACAAUGAAGAAACAAACAUUAACCAAAAUACUUGAUUGUUUUUGGUUUUGUUUAGUGUUAUUAAUAUCCACAAAAAUGCCAUCACAGCUUCUCUCUUUAUUGGACCAAAUUACUGUAUGUCAGACAGUGGUUUCCACAAAUCAUAGCAUACCAUGGUAAAAAAAAGAAUGAAAGACAUUUCAAGGGCUGAUUAUUAUCCUACAAGAGUGUGUCAUUGAUUCAAAUUUAUGAUGUUUUCUAAGAAAUUAGAUAUGAAAGUAGAUUGUGGAAGUAUGCCCUGUAGCAAUGGCUGUGCGGUGUCUGUGAAAACAAUGAUGUUGUUGUUGAUGUGAUGACAACCCAAUAAUCAUAUUACUGAUCAUAGUAAAAAAGCAAUACAAAUGUGUUGAUGAGCUGCAUAUUAAGUAUCGGUAGCUUUAAAUCACCUACGAAAGCAUAUACAUGACUGGGUCCUGCCUUUUGUCUCCAUUAAAUCUUUGUUAAUUUUAGAGCCAAGAUUUCCAGCCCAGAAGUCCAAGACAUCUACAUUCUGCAAUCUUAAUCAUUACAAAAGAGUAGCCCCACUAAGUCAAAACACAAAUCUGUUGAAUGGAUUAUCUAAAGUAUUUUGACAACUUUUUAACCAUGCUAGAGGCAUGGCUCUAGGGAUGACAAUGUCAGUCUGUCAGUUGAUUGAUUCACCAUUUGGCCUAGACUGAAAUAUCUCAAAAGUUGUUGGAUUUAUUGCCAUUAAACUUUGAACAGACACUUGUUAUUCCCAGAGAAUGAGUGCUACUGACUUCAAUGAUUCCUUGGUGUUUCCUGCGAUGUCAGCAGCAAAUCAAAGUUUUCACUUAUCUUGUGAAAACAUUUAGUAUGGACACGUAUGGUUCCCAAAGGAUGUAUCCCAACAAGAUUUGGUGACCCCUGAUUUUUCCUCUAGCAUCAACUUGAGGUAGAAAUUUGUGGUAUUGAGUGAAAUGUCUCAGGAUGAAUUGUAAUAACUUUCAGCUGUAUUUUAUGUUUAGUGUUAUUUAGUAAAUGUUAAUUUCUCAAACUUUCCACCAAUGAAAAGUACAAUAAGAACCCAACAGUUUGAAUAAAUUUGUGAACAAGCACAGGAGCCCACUGGACAGCGGUGCUGAAAAAAACAAUGAAGAGGAGAGUGGCAUGUGGACACAGCCUGUGACCCUCAACCACAUGCUGUGUACGCCGUGUCAGCUGAUCCUAGGGGCCGUUUCUAAAGAUGUCACGGUUUUCUAAAAUAAACGUUGGUUUGUUUUAAAGCUCACAGUGAGCCUUCUUGGCUGAACAACUUGAUUUGGAAAUCAACCAGCUUUUGUUCCCAGCAAAAAAUGUAGUUAGUAUUAAACAAGUCCAAAUAAGAGGCAAAACACAGCAAGGAAUUACAAAAUCUCUCUAAUAAAUAUCAUACAAGAGUAAUUAUGCAAAAAAAUGCAAACUUGUUGAAGAAUCCAAUUCAGAAAAAGGUUUAUUGCCAAAGUAAGUUACACUUGCGAGGAAUUUGCCUUGGUGAUUGGUGCAUACAUAAACAAUCAGACAUAUUAAACAUAUCACAUCAAUCAUAUACUCACAGUCUGCCAGUGAUGACAAAUGCUGCAUAUUUCAAAUCUGUGCAUCUAGCCACCAAAAUGAGUCACAUUGACAGAUUUCCUGUACGGCCUGAGCUACCUGCUGUGAUCAAAGUCAACCAUGACAAGUUUAGAGCUCCGAAAAAAAUAAUUGUAAUAUUUACAGCAAAUAACAAUGAAGGAUAUUCAGUUCACACGACACACUUGCAUGUACAUUAAACAAGAAACUGUAUGUGUGUUCUAUGUGUGUACAUUUUAAACUCUGGUCUAUGUAUUCAAAUAAUUAUGCAAUUUGUAAAGUAAUCAUUGCUAAACAAAAUCUCAGUAUUUGACAUUUUUCUGUAAAUGUCGAUUUUUGCUGUAUGUAUGUAUUCAAAGUAUGCUGUGAACAAUAAUUUAACAUAUCACAAAGAAUGUUUUCUGGCUUUUACAUGGACCAACAAAACAACAUAUUGUUUAAAGUAUAACAUGGUUAUAUUUUCUUACUUGGAAAAGUGAUACAUUGAAUCUAUGUGAUUUUAUUAUGAAUGUAAUCUUAAUGUUUUGUAUAAAACAAAUAAUGCAAAAAAAAUAUCAAGUUACCGAUAUAAUUUCCAGGUUUACUGGCCAUUCAGAAACAAGUUAUUGUGUGUAUUAAUGUCAUGCACUUACAUUAACGUUUCUGAUUUGUUGAGAUUUCUUUUCUUGGAAUAUUUUCUUUAACAAAUAUUUGUCAAAUUUAACAUGUUUUACAAAAUCACAUAUAUUUUUUCUGGCUCUUUUUAUCUUAAAGUUUAUCAAAGUUAUAUCACAAGAGAAAGCUUAUUAAACAGCAAGUAUCAUUCUGGCAAUAAAACAGAUAUUUUAUCUUGGAUAUUGGAGCUGUUUAUGUAUGAACUACUUAUAUGACAUCACAUUACCUCUUCAUGUGAACAUAUCAUGUAAGGUAUGGGUUUUGUGUGAAUGUAAAAUAGAUGUCAAAUCUUGUCUUUAGACAUGUAAGCAAUUAUUGUGUUCUAUCCUGUAAACUACAGUGCUUUAAAGAGCAGAUUUAUGUACCCUCUGUCGACGGAUUAUCUCAAUUGUUAUUAUUGGAUUUUGUAGAUGUCUUCUGUUCUGUGCUUUUGUCAUUUGGAGUACAAACAGCGCUAUCAUGCACUGACUUAGAGGAACAUUAGAAAGACUUCUGGAAAGAAGGAAAAUCCAUUAUACAAAGUCAAAGUUUUGACAAAAAUGAAUCUGAUGCUAAAUGUAGUUUUGAAAUGAAAUGACUAAUCAGUAAUUCAAGUGAUGUAUUAUCUUUCUCUCUCUGCUGUAAAAGUCAGUUUAACUUUCUAGUUCAUAUUUGUAUCAUCCUGUUGUGUGACAUUACUAGUAAUUUUAAUGUCUAGAUUGAGAAUAUUCAGCGCUGUUUUAUUUCUGUCACUGGUACGGCACAUGUAGAGGUUACUGCAUCAAUUAUACACUAAUGUAAGUGGUGGCUAUAGAUGCAUGUCCAAUAAAAACCAAGGCUUUAAAAAG